CCCAAUAAUAAAAGCGCAACGGCACCAAGCGAUCUAGGCCUCCUCCUCCUCUCCUCCUCCACCGGCCACCUCGCUCACAUCGCCCUCGCCCUCGCCCUCGCCAGCCCGCUUCCCGGCCAGGCCAGAUCUCGCCGAGGAGGAGGACGAGAUGGCGGACGCGAAGCAGCAGCAGGCGGUGGCGCCCGCCGGCGUCUGGAAGACGAUCAAGCCCUUCGUCAAUGGCGGCGCCUCCGGGAUGCUCGCCACCUGCGUCAUCCAGCCCAUCGACAUGAUCAAGGUGAAGAUCCAGUUGGGUGAGGGAUCUGCAGGUCAGGUCACCAAGAAGAUGCUUGCCAAUGAGGGCAUUGGUUCCUUUUACAAGGGUUUGUCCGCCGGUUUGCUAAGGCAGGCGACAUAUACAACUGCUCGUCUUGGAUCCUUCAGGGUUCUGACAAACAAAGCAGUUGAAGCAAAUGAUGGGAAGCCAUUGCCACUAGUUCAGAAAGCUUUUAUUGGUCUGACUGCUGGAGCUAUUGGGGCGUGUGUGGGUAGUCCGGCUGAUUUGGCACUCAUUAGGAUGCAAGCUGAUUCAACCCUACCAGCAGCACAGCGGCGUCACUACAAGAAUGCUUUCCAUGCACUCUACCGUAUUACCGCUGAUGAGGGUGUCCUUGCACUUUGGAAGGGUGCAGGCCCAACUGUGGUGAGAGCUAUGUCACUGAAUAUGGGCAUGCUUGCUUCGUACGAUCAGAGUGUUGAGCUAUUCAGAGACAAAUUGGGCGCUGGAGAAAUUCAGACUGUCGUUGGAGCCAGUGCUAUUUCAGGAUUCUUUGCUGCGGCAUGCAGUUUGCCCUUUGAUUAUGUAAAAACACAAAUUCAGAAGAUGCAGCCUGAUGCCAAUGGAAAGUACCCGUACACUGGAUCUUUGGACUGUGCCCUGCAAACCUUCAAGAGCGGUGGCCCAUUCAAGUUCUACACCGGCUUUCCUGUAUAUUGUGUCAGGAUCGCUCCCCAUGUCAUGAUGACGUGGAUCUUCUUGAAUCAAAUCCAGAAGUUUGAGAAGAAGAUCGGCAUAUAAGAGCCCUAAUUGGAUAUCCUUGCUCGACACAUUUAAUAACAUUCCAGCAUCAUCUCUUCACUCUGGUGGAUGGUUUUGGUAGUCAGAGUUUUAAUCAAUUUUACCGUAGCUUACAUUUGCUGUGGUACUCUUGACGUUGUUACAAUAAUCACAUUAUUUGUUGUAAUUGGGCAAUUUUUUGGGGUGGGCAUACUUUUGGUGGCUGUUUCACAGCCAUGAGAGGGGAUACUACCUGCUUGUGCCAUUGAAUUGAAUGGGACCGGACUAUACACAGAUCUUUGAAAUCCUUUUCUCGUGAUAUUGUAUUGGUAACCGAAGGUUCUUCAGUGAUCUAUUUGUUCGUUGAUAA